AGCUGCUGUGCACGGUGCAACGAUUAUUGAGCAAGACGAGAGGCACACAACAGUAACCUGCUUAAGCUGUGGCAGCGCUCGGGUCAUGGGUGGUGCCGAAGUAUACCGGUGUCACGGUUGCGGUGCGGUAAUGCACCGUGACAUCAAUAGCAGCAAAAUCAUAUUCAUAGAAGCGCUUAUGGCUAGACGCCUUGUACAGAUUGAUGAUGAUCAAUACUUUCGCAUAUAUACUCUUAUGGCAAUGUACCCUUUUGACUCGCCUACUAAACUCACAUCAACACUACCCAUAAUCUUCCGCUAUUCCCAACAUUCAAGUCGACUUUGACAGCAACAACAACGACAACAACAGGCAUACAAAGUUUAUGAUGACAGUGACGAUUGGGCAAGACAA